AUGAAUUCGUAUUUUAAACUCACUAUUUGCGUAUUCGUGAUCUUACAAUGUUUACACAUCCAUACCGUGCACUCAAAAGACGUUCAUGACAUUGUAAAGGAGGCUGACAAAGAUGGCGAUGGAAAACUCAAUCAGGCGGAAUCUCUUGCUUAUCUCACUAAAACUCUUCCCCCUAAUUUAUCACAAGAAACGAUAAAAGCUGAAAUUGCCAAGUUGGAUAAGAAUCACGAUGGAUUUUUGACAGCCGAAGAAAUCGAUCCUCCCAAGAAUUCAAAGGAUGUUCAUGACAUUGUAAAGGAGGCUGACAAAGAUGGCGAUGGAAAACUCAAUCAGGCCGAAUCUCUCGCUUAUCUCACUAAAACUCUCCCUAAUUUGUCACAAGAAACGAUAAAAGCUGAAAUCACCAAGUUGGAUAAGAAUCACGAUGGGUUUUUGACAGCCGAAGAAAUCGAUCCUCCCUCAUUCACAACGACAACGACUAAACCAAAAUCGCAAGGAUAA